AUGUCGCACGCGACGCCCUCGUCCUCGACACACGCGACGACUCCUCUGCUCGACUCGCAGUCCUUCCCAGAAAUCAUCGAUUCGAUAGCAGCCUAUGCCGACUACAGCACGCUUUUGUCCAUCCGUGCCACCAGCAAGGCCAUGCGUAAGCACGCCGACGCGCUGCUGCACUACCAUCUGGUGCUCACCACCGACGAGUACCCCAACGAGAGUUGGCUCAUGAUGGGCUACAAUGUUGUGAUGAUCCUGCGCAUACCUGGCAUUAUCGUCCGCUCCUUCUCUCCAGACAGGAGGCUGUACAGGAUACCUGCGCUCAAGGACUGGCAAGUCAAUGACCCCGACAACGACUCCGCGGACGGAUUUCACGCCAGCCCACACAUGGUCAUGGGCAGCGCGAGGGCGCCGGUGACUGGAGGCGAGUUCGACGGUCUUCCUCAGCCCCUCACAGCCGCACGCGUAGUCGACAUCAUGGGCCACGUCCACACCAACGGGAUAGCCGCGCUGCUGCACGCCGCGCCCAACCUCCACACGACGCGCUACUUUGGCCUGGGGCAGGGUCUCAGUGCCGUGGCCACAGGCACCCCCACCUCUAUCGUCAACACGUACCUUAUAUCUCCGGAGGGUGAUUCACCACGCCAUCCGAGCUUUAACUACAUGACUCCAACAAUCGGAGGGACGCACCGCCUCGUCAUCACCAUCGGGUACCAGACUGGAAACCCGUUGCUCUCCAAGGGCAACGUCGAGUUUUACGACCUCCCGCGCGACAUCACCGACGUCGUGUUUGCCUUCAGGCCUGCGCCGACUGAAGUUGUUGAAGCCCAGAAGUCUCAACAUCCUCACAUAUGGGAAGGAGACGGAACAGUGCCUUCUGUUUCGUCACCAGCCCAUGCGCAGGAUGAGAAUUCCCAGGACGAGGAUGAGGAGGAGUGGGAGUGGGAGGACGUCGACUCGAACAAUGAGGAAGAUGAAGGAGACAACGAAGAGGAGGAAGGAGAGCAAGAGGAAGCCGAAGAGAACGCGGACACUAUCACCGUUCCUGCACCCAAGAUCGCAACCGGCGUCCUUUCCGAGGUGUUCCCCAAGAUGGCAUUGUUCUUCAAGUCGGCCUACUUCAAGAAGCUCGACCACACGAUCAGGUUUACCUUCGUCGGCACCGAAGCCAUGGAUCCCAAGAUAUUCGGACUCGCCCCGGGCGACGAUCUGGCGACAGAGUUGCUGAACGGUGUCGAGGUGGCCCUGUUGAACCCGCACUCGGAGAUUCGGGACCGCGUCAAGCCGUUCCGCGCCCUCACUGACGGCGAGAUGGAGGCGCUCCGCGCUGUGGGGCAGAAACACAUCAUCUGCUUGACGGAGGACGAGUUCCGAGCGUCGCUCAAGGCGGAGCAGUACACCCUCGAAACGCCUGAGUUCUAG